AUGGCUCCUCGGGUCAAGGGUAAAGGUGUCAAGGGUCAUAGAGGUUCUCACACCACUGUCGCAGCCAGUAUUUCAACCACCUCCACCUCUUUUGGGACUUCGGUUGUGCCAUAUUUUCAGUCAGGGCCACUUAACCAGCAACCGUAUUUGAUGGUACCUAAUCCAGGAUACACGAGUCUUCCUCCACCAAGUUGGCCUACUUCAGGAUGUAUGAGUCCUCCUCCUCCACCCCCUCCUCCAAUUUUGAUUCCUCCUCCGUCUCACAAUUUCAGUCUAUUAGUUGAUUUAGAGACACCUGGAAGCUCUAGUGCAUCUCCUCCAUCAGAGACUGCAUCAGUUCCUAAUAGUGUCACAAAAGAAAGAUUGGUUUCAUAUGGAAAAAUAAGAUACACGCUUGACUCCUUUGGAAAAACUCAAAAGAAGUUAGAAAAGUUGGAACGGGCAAUUGGAAAGGCCAAGAAAGAAAAGCUGAAACAGAAGAGAUGGAAUGAGGCUUAUGUUAGCUAUUAUGAGAAGGUUAGAGCGUCAAGUAGUUCUAGUGCUGUUCCACUACCACCGCCACCGCCGCCACCCUCAAUCUCUUCGGAUGAGGACUAUGAUGAUGAGGAGGAUGAAGAUCACACUGAAGACUAUAGCUAA